UUUUAUAUCGUUUCCGGGUUUUCUUCUUGUUUUUGCGUGUACGCGACGUCACAAUCGUUAACAAUAAAAACUCGUCUCUUCUUGUCUCAUUUCGUCAUUCGGUUUUGGUUUUUGGAUUUCAUCGCUCAUCGAUAAUCUCCAUCACUCACUGGUAGUGCUGCUGCAACCUGCAGUUGCAAUUGCUAUAUCGACAACAUUCGUUCCCACAACAAACCAUCAUCGGCUGGCGUAGUCAUCUCUUUCCUCACUCAACCCUUGUGAUUCGAUCGAAAUGGGGCUCGGACAACGAAAGGAGGCUGAUUCUUCAACCAAAUCGAAAAAAUCUUCGCGCUCCCUGCCGCGGGAGGACACCCCGUUGCUGCCGGGAAACGGCAAAGUUCAACCCCUUUCUUCUCAGCUUAAAACCUUCGCCAAUGUCUUGAUUUCAAUUGUCGGUGCGGGCGUCCUCGGACUUCCCUACACGUUUAUGCGCACGGGCUGGGUAACAAGUCUCCUCACGGUCUUUGCGGUUGCCGCUCUCACCUUCCGCGGGAUGAUGCUUUUGAUUCAUACUCGGAAGAAGGUUGAGGAUUCUUCCCUGGUUACCUCCCGGAAAAUAACGUCGUUCGGUGACCUAGGGUUUGCCGUAUGCGGUUCUGUUGGCCGAUUCGCCGUCGAUGCGAUGAUUGUUCUCUCCCAAGCUGGAUUCUGCGUUGGAUAUCUAAUUUUUAUCGGCAAUACUCUUGCCAAUCUAUUCAAUUCCCCGUCAUUGAUGCUCUCUGCUGGCCCCAAAGUUUGGGGGAUUUCUGCAAAGGCUCUUUACAUUUGGAGCUGCUUUCCAUUUCAAUUAGGGUUGAAUUCGAUCCCAACGCUUACUCUAUUAGCGCCUCUCAGCAUCUUCGCCGAUAUUGUCGAUUUAGGUGCGAUGGGAGUGGUGAUCGUGCAGGACGGCCUAAUGGUUGCGAAACAAUUGCCGGCGGUAGAGGCGUUUGGCACCGUUUCGACAUUUUUCUACGGAUUGGGCGUGGCGGUUUACUCGUUCGAGGGGGUUGGGAUGGCUCUGCCUUUGGAAAUGGAGAUGAAAGACAAAUCCAAGUUUGGGAAAAUCUUGGGAUUGACUAUGUUAUUUAUUGCUGGUUUGUAUGGGGCAUUUGGAUUGAUGGGGUACUUUGCCUUCGGCGAGAACACGAUGGAUAUCAUCACGGGCAACAUGGGGAAAGGGCUUUUGAGCACCUUGGUUCAGCUGGGGCUCUGUAUAAAUCUGUUCUUCACGUUUCCGAUGAUGAUGAAUCCUGUUUAUGAAGUGUUUGAGAGAAGCUUUUGGAAUGGGAAGUACUGCUUGUGGAUGAGAUGGGUUCUUGUCUUGGUUGUGAGUUUGGUGGCAUUGUUUGUCCCGAAUUUCGCUGAUUUUCUGUCGUUGGUGGGAAGUAGCACCUGCUGUGCUCUCGGCUUUGUGUUGCCGGCAUUGUUCCAUUAUCUUGCUUUUAAGGAUGAAAUGAGCCGAGGACAAGCUUGCUCGGAUAUUGGAAUGGCUGUCUUGGGUGUUUUCCUUGGAGUUUCGGGGACAUGGUUUUCUGUCCAAGAGAUUUUAUCUGUCAAGGUAUGAGAUUAUUGCGUUUUUUGAGCAAUUGUAGAUGAUGAUUGAGUUAUACUAUGUUUUGUAUGCCCAAUCGAACUUAUAUUAUGAAGUGUCUUAUUAAACUUCUUAGUAAGAUGUAUUGUGGCAAAUUUGUUGAUGUUGUAAUGAACCAUGGAGCUUUACAUUGUGAAGCUCGACAACAAUUGUGUUUGUUAUGAUUUCUAUUUGAAAUUGAUGAGUGUUUCACACUAUUAUCAAUGGUGGCACACUUCAUCAUAUGCAAUGUUUAUUCUGAAAUUUAUUGUACAUUAUUUGCUUCCCAAUAGCAA